AUGGCCGUUUGUGCUUUUAAAAAUCUCGUGAAUGAAAGUAGUGUCUGUGGGACGUCUUCGGAAUAUACCGAAUUACAUUGCAUUUCAUUAAAAGACUGCAACAGAGACGUGAGAAGACAUCUUAAGCUUCACAAAAUUAGUAACAAUGAAGGUGUAAACAACGAGAUGAAAUUAUUGCUUGCACGAGCAGGUCCUUUCAUGAAUAUUUUUUUUUCAGUUCCAGUUUUCUAUCUUAUUUUUUAACUUUUUAUGACCUUUGUUUUGUUAUUUGUAAAACUUUUGUAAAGAAAACGUUUUCUCUUUAUAAUUCCAAACAAUUUAUCCGGGCCUACGGAAAUUGUAUAAAGCUUUUAAUUAACAUAUGUCGUGAAAUUAACGUAAAGAGAACAAACUUUUUGAAUUUCAGUAGCAACAUUUUUAUUUCGGGCAACUUGUGAGCAACUUUUAUGCUUUUUAGAGAGCAACUUUUUUGUUUUAGAGAGCAACUUUUUGGGAUUUUAUGAGCACAACCGGGAUAUCCCUAUCUGAGAGACGCAUAAUAAGAAAACCCAGAAUUCCGGGCGCCAGAGUAUGCCUGUUCGCAGGUUGUGCUGUGAAUAAUAUAGUUAACAAAAAAAAUCAUGACCAAAGGCACCAAAAACGGAUCAAAAUUGGGAAUCGACUCACAUUACUUCAAUCCCAUUCCCAUUUUUGAGGACUUCAUUUCCCAUUCCCAGUGGCCAAAUCCCAGUCCCAGUCACCCAAAUCCCAUUUUCCCAGUCUAAAAAUAGAUCAAUCCCAGUUCCCAUUUUACCCCUUUAGGACCCUCAAUAUGCCCUCGCCAUCGUGACCAGUUUGGUCUUCGUUGGAGAUGCGGGAAAGUAAACUGUGCAUUACCAAACGAAGUAGCUUGGCACAAAUCGAACAGAGCAAAGGGAGAUCGAUGUAUCAACAGCAGUCAAUCACAGUAUCUGGUAACCAGCACGCAACAAUUAAUUCCAGUUGGAUCCCGUAAGUUCGCCCACAUUCGAAUGAUUUGCUGUCAAUUACUGAAACGUUUUGAACUACUCUAGCGGCAAAAAUGAUACCGGAAAAAUGAAGCCCACCAAGGGGUUAUGACCGACAGGCGACCGUUCCUUAAAAAGAGGAGACAGACUAUCUAAGAAAGAGCGACAAACGACAGCUUCUGACUUGGAAAAAGCGACAAGUUGCGAUUUGUAUUAUGGGUCAAAAUUGACAGCAACAUUUAUUACAAUAAAACAAGCGACAAAGCAGCUACAAAAUGAGUGACAAGCGACCUGGGUUACACCCUUGGUGGGCCUCAAAAAUUGUCGCGCAAUUAUUUACAGUAUUGACGGAUUUAUUUCAAGAAAAAACUUGCAUAUAAAUUUUUCCCUGGUGACAUUGCUGUACUCUGUAAAGUUUCUGUCAUCAAAGCAAAUAUUCGUUAAUUACUGAAAUACGCAACGUAUGGCAGAGACGGUAUAGUGGGAAAGCUCUUGUAUUUUAAUUGUAAAAAGCUGUUCACACAAGAAUGCAUAUUAUACUGUAGUAGAUGGGGCAACCCAAAAUAAAAACAGUACCAGUAUAAUUAAUACAGGAGGGGGGAGGGGGACUGGUAAGGAUCUGGAAAAAGCCAUAGUAAAAUAUACAUCCCUCUCUGCCAGACGAAGGAAAGCAUAAAGCCCCCCUCAACUACGGUUUGAAAUAUUUACAUCCCCCCUCUUUCUUUUCUUUAUCACAAAUUAACAUUUUUACGUUUUCCAUAUAAAAAGGCUGAAGAAUAUAAGAUAUGAAUUGAAUAUUCUUUGGCAUGUAUUGGUCAUACUGUAUACUAAAAGAAUAAGACUAACAAUAAUUACGAUCACUAUGCCACUCAUAGAUUAUGUCCAGUGGCGUAGCCAGCUUGACGAUUCCGUCCCGCUCAACCUCGUUCCCAGGCUCUUACCUUCGCUCGCCCUGGGCACGAGGAUGCAGUCCCGCUAUGCAAAUACCAAUCUCGUUCCCAGAGUAUGCCUGUUCGCGGGUUAGGUUGUGGCAUGACUCUGGGGAAAUCGAAUCUAAAUCGUUAUUUGAUUGGCUGCCGUGAUCAUCAAUGCUGCCGACACAAUUAAUGCGUGUUUUUUGCGAGAAUUACGCGUGGACAUACGCGAAGAGAGAAUUAUCAAUGUUUAUCAGAUUUGGAAUGCGAAAUCAAACGAUAUAAAUCGAAGGAUAUGAUAUUAAUCGUAUGAAAAAGUAUUGGGACGUUGGGUACAGUAUAUACUUACAAAAUCGCAUGGUAUUUAUGAAUGACUUUUUAUCGAUCUACAGUACGAGUAUAUUCAUUAUAACCAUGAAAGAAUUGGCUAAAUGAAAUCAUCGCACACGUUCAAUGUCGUUGUUUUGUUAAAUUGACAUAUUGUUGCCAGGACUUUGGAGUGACAGCUUUUGCUUGUGUUAAAAACUUGAAGCUUUAAACAAUACAGUACAUUAUGGUCAACACUCAACAUGUUGUAGCCCGUGGUCUUUGUGCUUUUGUAAAUGGAGUUAUCUAUAUAAAUUUAAGAUGCCAGGUGUUUUUGUAGCAUCUGUAUAAAUCAUAGAAUAAUUGAUUUAAGAAGUUCCUCAGGUUGUAAAACAUUUGGUUAUAGAUUUGCUUUGUAAGCGAUUGCCACUUGACAGCAUGAUGGGCUAUUCCAUUUAAUAUCCGUACACCGGCCCCUGUCGAGGAUACAUGUUUUUCAUGGUUAUACCCCUGAAGAAUUUCAAACUCAAAACCUUUUACCCCUGAAGAAUUCCAAAAUUCCAAGCUCAAAACCCUUUACCCCUGAAGAAUUCCAAGCUCGAAACCUUUUACCCCUGUUCAAAGAAUUCCAAAAUUCCAAGCUCAAAACCCUUUAUCCCUGAAGUAUUCCAAGCUCAAAACCCUUUACCCCAGAAGAAUUCCAAACUCGAAACACUUUACCCCUGAAAAAUUCCAAGCUCAAAACACUUUACUCCUGAAGAAUUCCAAGCUCAAAAUCCUUUACCCCUGAAGAAUUCCAGGGAUCCUCGACAGGAGGUGGUGUGGUACGGAUAUUAAAUGGAAUAGCCCGAUGUAAGGCUAUAACUAAGCCAAACCUGAAACAAUUUUUACAUCAAUUUGUGUCUGGAUAAAAAAUAAGUAGUGAAUUUAAAUACAGAUGUUUCCUUGUCUGUUGCUAUGUGAAACAAUGUUGUUUAUAGCAAUAAAAAAAAAGACUUUGUUUUAACAGCUUUAUUGAACGAUGUUCAAACGGCAAGAGUGCGAACGGGACUCAAGACCCAUGCGAGGCACUCUCCCUCUUGAAUUUUGUUUACAUCUAAUAUCAUUAUUUACAAAAAAUUUAUAAAUUGGUAAACAUAUACCAGCUGAUUAAUUAAAUCAAAUUAGGAAGAUAUUGCACCACAUUUAAGUUAUCAUACAUAAUACAGAUUUGUAUAAUCAUGUUAAAAAUUAGAAAACUGAAUCAGGAUAAAACAAACCCUGACACGAGGAGCUGGUAUAUGUUUACAUCAGAAUUAACUAUUUCUAUGGCAUGAACAGCUACGAUAUAAAGACCACGUACAGCACAUGUCCACAUCAAAACUACUACUUAAUAAAUUGAAGUAUGUUCUUGAUAAGAAGGAUUUAAACAUUGCCAAACUGCGAAGAUCUCUAGGAGAAGCAAUUUUGCAAGUAUGAUUCCAGAGUGGAACAAUACGGUUAAAGAACGAUGUCUGAAAAGUGCUACUUUUACAUGACGGAACUUUAAGCACUAGAGAAGGAUUAUUACAAUUACGGGUACGACUAUGAUUAACAAAUGACACAAAAUUGAAAACAUCCAAAUCAUAAAAACCAUGCAAAGUUUUAAACAUAAAUGUCAGAUCCUUAAUUUCCCUGUCAAACACCAGUGGUAAAAGAUUCAGAGCCAGCAAUCUGUCCUUGUAGGUCAUGUCACCUUUCUUCGAUUGAAGGAUCCAUCUUGUUGCACGCCUUUGGACUUGCUCCAGAUAUAAUUUGUUAUUAUUUUGGGAGGGAGACCAAACCUCUGUGGCAUAGCAUAAUUGGGACUUGACGAGCGAAAGAUAAGAGUCAUUGUUGAUCAAUAACAAUGCUCAUUUGCUAAAACUAUACAAGUAUUGAUUCCAUUUCCAAACUAUUAUACUAUGUGAAUAUAUUGGCAAUUAAUCCAAUUAUAUAUAAAAGGAGAUACAGUAGAAUUGAAAUAGCUACCAGUUUCAAUCAAAUAACUACUUUAAUUUCUGUAUCAACUAUCAAGCCUCCUGUGUAUUAUUGUUUCCCAAGCAUCAAUGAGGGGGCACUUGUUCUAAAUAUAUGCAAUAAGUCUGGUUACCAUUAAAAAAUGUCCAUAUUCAGAGUUACCGUUGUACUAUAUUUUAUUAUAAUACUGCAGAAAUGCAAUAUAUUUCAUGAUUUUAAGAAAUUGAAUGAGGGCUGCAUGGUUAAAAGAGGAGGGGGGGCUUAUUUAUUUUUUAUUUUUGUAUCCAAAUGGGGGGGGGGGAGUUAUUGGAGAGGGGCUUGAAGAGAAGGGGGCUAAAUAUAGAAAUUACAGUACCUCCAUUCCUUCCUCUCCCUUCCCAAACAUGCUGCAGGAGAGGGGGAAACUGCAGGGGUUAAAGCAUGGAUUGCAAGGUUGAUGUAUAAUUUGCAUGUUAUGUACCUAGUAGUAUGGAGAAAUGAGCUAGUAAAUAUAUCCUUGCUUAUAAUUAGUUGCUGAUUAAAUGUUCAAAGAUACACAGUGUGAAGCAUGAAAAACAAAUGGAAGAUACCCACUGCAAGAAAUUUUCAACAAAUAUAUGGUUUGUUCACUUCAUUUCUUACUUUCAACACAAGUAAUUAUGGUAAUUAUAACUACAAACACAAUGUACUGUCAUUUAAAGACUUUAUAUGUGCUCCAUGUGUAUAUGUUAAUGUAAUAUAAUAUAAAAAAUGUGUUUAUUGUUAAAAUAUGGGAUAUAUAAUACCGUAAACCUCUGACUAUAAGCCCUGGACUUAUAUUUUUUUGUAAGUGAUUUUUGAUGGGCUUAGGGGGGGGGGGCUUAUAUGCACAGGGGCCUUAUACAUGGACGAUCAAUUGUGUUAGUAAUAAACAAGUCAGUCAUAAACAGGAAAAUAAACAUGUAUUAAUAACACACUCCAUUAACAUAGUAAGCUAUAAAGACAAUGACAUGAGUGUUUCAAAUAUCGUUCUCUGUUAUAUUAAAAGACAAUGUCAAUGUUAAAUAACAUAGUGGGAUACUGGGCUUAUAUUCAGGGGGCUUAUAUUCAGGGGACUUAUAUUCAGGGGGGCUUAUAUUUGGGGGGGGGGGCUUAUAUUUGGAAUGAGGUGAGCAUUACAUUCAGAAGUUUACAGUAUACAGUUCAAAAAAGCUUGUAUUUUCUUGUCACAGACACAGCUUAUACGUCAGGUUCUCAUGUCGAUCCAAUGGUAAUUUGAGAUCGCUGCCAUCACCAUAAUAUAGUGUACCACCAGUAUGGAAUGUAACAUUUCUGUGCACCGCACAAUUUAAACGCAACUUUGGCUGUGCACCACAUGUAGUGCACAUAUAGCCAGCGGGUUCAUGACCUGUGCACGUUCUAAAUUAAGAUUCGGGGGGGGGUAGCAAAUAUGUAGCAGCGAUUGUCAGAAUUUCUGAAUUCACCAAUUAUUUAGUUGUUACACACUAUAGUACUAGUAGAUAUUAAAAAAAUAUAUAGUAUAGAUAACGUACAUUGUGAAAAUACAAAUUUUUUGUGCACCAAUAACAGAAGGAAAUUGUGUGCACCAAAGAAGGAUUAUUGGGUAAGUUGUGCACCAAUUUGUGCACCGAUAGCAGCCUUUGUGCACGGCACAUGUGCCGUGCACAUCGCCUUCAUUCCAUACUGGGUGUACCCAGUAGCGUAGCCAGCCUGAAAUUUUACUCCUGCUAUGUAAAUUUCAAAGGAUUAUCAUUAUUCAUUUCUUUAGAAAUUCAUUGUUUUUAUAGUCUAUGAACACAGACAUAUUUGCAUAGCAGGAGCAAAUAGUCAGGCUGGCUACGCCACUGGGUGUACCACAGAAUGGCCUUGUCUCAUACUUUGACAUCAUGCAUGCAGAAAUGCCUUGGUCAUUCAUGUGGAGAUAUUACUAUCACGAUAGAAUUAGUUACGCCAAGUAACACGUCAGGUAGCAGCUGAAAUAUUUUAAUAUUUGCCAUAAUAAGCCCAUAACCUGUUGGCAAAACAACCAAAACAUCUUCACCAUUUUACAUUAUGGCCGAGAUACAUUUGAAUGUCUCGUCUUUUAACGAAUAUUCAAGCCCUAUUUUCGCUAGAACAACUUUCAUAGCUCUUUCAGUAUUUGCCAUUGAAUAUAAUUUAAUAGUAGUACGAUUUAAAGCACCUUCAAACGUAUAAAAACCCAUUUUGUAUACUAUAUUCUGAUGAGAAUCUUUGUUUAAAACAAUAUCGAUUGUGAGCGUGUGCCCGCACGAAUUUAGUAAGCGGAAUAAACAAAAGCAAUAAAAGCGCAUGCGCCAUUUAUCUCAUUUUGGAUAAAAAAAAUUCGAUUUCCCCAGAGUCAUGCCACAACCUAACCCGCGAACAGGCAUACUCUGGGAACGAGAUUGUGCAAAUACUGCCAUGUUUAUAAACUAUCAACAGUUUAUAAUCUAUGAAAUAUGUUUACAAACUAUCAUGUUUAUAAACUACGAAACAGGUGAGUUCUAAAUAAAAUUUGAUAUUUAUUUGUAAUUUAAAAAGUGGCCGUUACUCUGAUAGCACUAUUUAACCAGCAGCAAUGUGUCUUGGUGCACCCUACUUUGUUUAUUUUACCAGCUCGGUCUAUAAUCAACUCCAGGUGAUUUUACUUGAGAUGGGGAAACCAUUGCACCUCAUGGGUAAAUGAAAACUAUUUUAUUACAGCUGUUUUUCGUAAGUCACAUGAGACACCUCGAUCAUUAAAAAAUCCUUACAUCCCCCUAAAAUAUUUGCUUAGAAGUGUCUGACCCCCCCCCCACAUUUCAUACCAGCCCCCCCCCCUCCUGUAUUAAUAAUGAACGGUCCCUUAGCUCUUUUUCAAGUCUCGUAGAAUAUAAAACUGCAAUAUGGUCAAAUUAUGCGAUUAUUGAUAUAUAAAUUAUAUUUGAAACAUCAUUAAAUGACGUCAUAUAUAGUGACGUCAAGGUUUACAAAAAUGUGCAAACUUCAUGAUUUCACAGCUCUCUAUUAAACUUGAAACUUGUCAUUGAUAUAUAGAACAAACAAGUGCGCAUAAAUUUAAGCAAUACAUCAAAGGGCGGCGUUGCUAAGAAAAUUGAAUCAAUAUAGCCCUGCAUGACAAGAACUCAUAAGAUUUGGUAAAAUUUUCUUAUCUUCAAUUUGACUGAAAAAAACCAAGAAACAAUGAAACGAAGCUUGUAAUUGAUGAAGGCAAUGAUGUUGGUUGUUUUUAAAUAUUAUUUUGCUGUUUUAGCUAUUUGUACGACAUGCAAGAAGAAUCUUGACGAAGAAAUCAAGCAAAAAAAGUUAUCUUUACCUGAUCCUUUCGUAAAAGAAACUAAGUCGCCAAACAAGAAUUAGCAUUAGAUCCAUUUGGCCCUGCUUUGCCUGAAACAACAGUUGAACGGGUACAUAUUAUAUACAUGAAGAGAAUGUAUAUGGCUGGGGUGAUUGAAAGCGUUUGACGACUAUGGAGGUGUUCGCAAUAAGAGGCUUUCGAUAGUUUUGUUUACAAUUAUUUAAUUUGUUUUCAGGUGGACGACAAGCCAUCUCCUCCAGAAGAAGAAAGUAGCAGUUUCCUUGACGAAAUAACAAAUCCCUGGGCCUUCUGGAUUUGA